ACAAAAUAGCAAUUUCAGUUAUUAAUUUACAUUCCAAAAUGUUUAUAAUUAAAAAAAUGAUAAAAUUUAAACAUGUGUUACUAACAUUUUUUUUAUUAAUAACUGUUGAUUGCUUAACUGCAGAUAAUCAUUUAGAAAAUAUAACUACAAAUGAUUCCUGUCAGGAUGUUUGCAGUGAAAUACAUCUAUUUUCAUAUUCGAGAAAACAUUUGAGACCAGUUUGUGAACGAGGUUGCAGGCUCUUCAACAUAAUUAAACGGGAUAAUUUGAUGGUAUUAAUUGCAAAAAAUCAAUGUCAUACAUCUUGCUCGGAAUCUUAUCCAGAUAAAAAUAACCUUGAGUAUUAUUACGCGUGUAUAACUGGAUGCGAUUUUAUGGCUGAUAAACAUUUUAUUGAGGGAAAUAUUGACACGGGUGAAAAUACACCCUCAAUAAAAAAAUAUGAACCAUUCAAGAAUCAUAUACAACAUGAAUCAAAAUUCGAUGAUAGUUAUUACCGCAUUUCUGACACACAUAUUAAAACAAUACCCAUUGGACAUUUUAAUAAUGACGAUAUAUUACCAGGAAUCGAUUCUGAUAACCUAACACUGAAUGAAAGAAUGAAAGAUUGGCUUAUAUAUUCGAUACAUAAUCCGAUUGUGCAAAAGUUUGCCUGCUUUCUGGUGACUGAGAUUGUAAUCAUUUUGCUGUUGUAUCGAAUUUGUGUCCCAUAUACAUCAUCUUCGAAGCAAGAUGCUCUCUACGUCAGUGAUACUCAACCAAUAUUAUUAUUUCAAAUAUCGACUAAUCAAAAUGCAAAUAUUUGAA